AUGCCCCUCCCUUCUACUCCCCCCGCUGUCCCUGACUCGGAGAAUAUCAGGCGUCCUUCUGCUCUUCCUAACGGCGGUGCCACUGGCGGCCCCGCCAAGUUGGGCGCUCCCUCCUUCGCUUCUGUCGUUUCCUCCUCCAGCGGUCCCCGGGCAACAGCGAGGUCCCCUAAAGCCUCUAUUUCUCCCCUACAGCACAAACAGAAACAAGAACAUGCACACUCUUCAGCGCCUUUGCCUUCCAAGCUCAUCAACAACGCAAAUCCAACCAGCACACUUUCUAUCGCUUCUACCAACGGCCAUGAUGUGGACAGCCCAGCUCUCACUUCGUCAUCUCGGUAUCAUUCUCCUAUGACCAGCCCCGCUGGUUCUAAAGGUAACGGCGGGAACAAUGACAACAGUACUACAAGCAGCGACACCCGUACCACCGACCCAACCAACACAGGCAUACCUUCCACAGAUCUACCCGAGCGCAAAGACGGCGGUGCUGAAACCGCCGUCGAAACGCACAGGUUGAAUGAUUCUGCACCAUGCAUGAACGAUCUUGUUAAUAACGGGAACAUGCCAUCCGACGCUAAUUCGAAUCAACUCAAACCGCCCUCUCGUGGACAAUGCGAGAACGGAAUCUCUAAUGGAUUCCAGACUACGGCGAUGAGCGAAAUGUCUGCUCUUGAGAGGGAACAGCGACACCAGCACGAGAUGGAGGCUUUGACCUCUUCUAUGCAUUUGGGCCUCCGAGUCUCCAAUUCGAUGGAUAACGUCAGCGCCAAGACUUUGUCUCCUCUUCCCUUGUCGGUGCCCCUGAGCACUUCGCCUUCUCAGCUCAAGCAGAAUGGACAACCCCAGUCGCAGGCACCUUCAGCUCCAGUUCAUUCCACCAUCCCUCUACCAGAUAUUGAAGAUGGUGACCGAACGGCCGACGUCGACGCUCGCCAACUUCAACAUCUGGCUCAGCACCAGCAAAUGCGCGACCGCGCCAACGAGUCUGAACCAUAUGCUGGCUCGAUCGACCUCACCAAUCUUACCGUUCCACCUACCGUCCAACAACGUUCGGUAUCACUCGGGUUACCUUCCUCACAGUCUGAGAAUUUUUUGUCCACUUUUGAUGCGACCUCUCCUGGUGGAUCCUCUCCUUCGUCUUCCACGUUCCCGACUUCUGCAUCGGAUCCAACCUUGGGUAAUGCAGGUCAGAAGACUCCGAACGUUUACAUCAACGGACUUCCUCCACACUUCCCUGAGGAUCAGUUGUUUGCUCUGGCGUCCCCCUACGGCGAAAUUAGAAGUGUUAGGACGUUCACGAGGCAUGUCAGGGACAGUGAGAGUGGUUACGGUUUUGUUCUUUUUGAAACCGUAGAGGCUGCCGAGAGGUGUAUCGUUUCUCUACGAAGUUAUAGAAAUCUUCAUCCGACAUUCUCCAAGCAAAUCCACAAGAUCCCUGGGACAACUUACGCCCAUGGCAGUUUACCGUCUUCCUCCUCUUGGGAAGGCCCUGGACUUCGCUCUGGGACAAAUUCAUCCGAGGGUUCCUCUACGGGUGCCUUGAGCGCGGACGCCUCUUUCAAGGCUAAGAUGGAGAGUCUUCAGGAUCCUACGAGCACAAACCUUUACAUGGAAGGACUUCCGUUAAGCAUCGACGAACCUACUCUCGCUGCAUUAGUCGCUCCGCAUCGAAUCAGUAGCAGCAGAUUUUUUCAGACGAGGCUCAGUAACCCGCCGAGGAUCAUUGCUUUCGUUCGACUUGAGACGAGAGAAGGGGCCGAGGAGAUCAUUGAGCGUCUUCAUGGGCGAAUGGUCCGCGGGUGGAACGAUACAGGGAGCAGAAUCUCCGUCAGAUUCGCUGAUACAAGUGAACAGCGCGAACUGAGAAGAACCGAACGCGCGGCUCAAGAAGGCGACGGGUCUCCAGCUCGUCUUACCAUUGCACAAGCGGCGUUGCUGAAUCUCCGAGGACAAGAGCUGAGAUCCACGAAUAGUGGUCCUGUUAUUCAUGCUCAAUCUCGACCCCCCGUGGGGCGCAUCCCCUCAGCUACCAGGCAAGGGAUACCCACCUCGGUCUCAGCGCCUGAUUUCGCAACGAACGCGCAUCUUCCACCUGUCAUUGGAUCUUCAUCCAACUUGGAAGUCGAUUACUCGUUAGCCCCUGGACGUGGUGGUCACGGUGUCCAAAAUCUCAGGUCGAUAUCCCCUUACGAUGCCCAGUUUGCGGCUCAACCUCAGCUUGGGCAUGUUCAGCCUUCUAUGCCGUCUUCCCUGGACCCUACAAUGUCUGCUCUCUUGGACUCUCUUGGGCGUAAUACCGUUCCCUAUCAGGAUGUCUCUGGCGGGUACAACAAUUACUCGACAGAUGCCAAUUACGUCCACGAUCAGCGGGGGCUUCAGCACCAGCAACAUCCCAUGGUAGCUUCUCAGAGUAUGGACAAUCUUCAGCAUUACUCUCGCCCCGGACCGGUGUAUACUCGCUCAGGGUAUACCCCCACCGAGGAGUACAUCAUGCGUGCCCAUGCCGAGUCGGCGGCUCUUGCGUCUCAGGCCCAGCAACAGCAACAUAUGCAGGCUGAGAGAAGGAGACCUGCGCCAUUGGACCUGGGAAGACAACGAGUUGGCGAUGAAGUCCACGAUGACGAUGGAGCGAAUAUUGCUGUUGGUGUUCGUGGGUACCGCACUCAAGCCUCGAUUGGACGUCUUGGUCAGGGUAUGCUAUCUCCUCCAGCAUCUGCUCCUUCUUUACCUUCGUUGGGUAUGACCAAUGAGAUGACUGAAGACGAGUUCCACGCGUCGGCUUCUGCUACCCGGAAUGAUUAUAGGAGCCACGCCAGGUCGUAUGGGAAUGACAAUGUUGACCAGGACGAAGACCAGUUCGGAAUCAAUUCGCCGUCGAGCGCUAUGAACACGAAACACAACCCCAACAUCCAUCCUGCUCAUGUGAACGCGCGCCUUUCUCGAGAGCCUGUAUCUGCGCCUGCGAAUUACCCCGUACAGAGGCCUCCUAUACCCCUUUCUCCCUCUCUCGUGUCUCCCUCUUCAAACCAGGAUUCGUCUAGCCUCAACGAUUUGCUGAAUUAUCAGCAUGCCGCGGCGCAUAUGCGUUCGACGACUUUGCCUCAACAUCGCACUUCGUCGCUGCGUGAUAGGCAGCAGAGAGGUCACUUCCAGCAUAACAGCAUGAGCAUGCCUGCUCAGAAUUUGAGGACGCCGCAGCAUGCUAGCGUCGCUACUCUGUCUGGGACUCGCGGGAUAGAUGGUGCUACUACAAGUUCGACGAUAUUUGAGGGAGAGGUGCAGGACCAUCAGCAAUCUAAUAAUGCGUCGAAGCCUCAGUAUCCCAACUCGCCCAUGUUCGAUUUGGAUACGGCUUCAUCGUCUCCUUCGCUCAUCUCCCCUACUCUUACUUAUUCGAGUCAGACGCCGUCAACGCUUAGCCCGGCUACCCCUUUCUUUGGAUCGUUCAAUAAUCAAGCUGAAGGCGGGGAUAAGGGUCAUGCGAUGGACCAUUAUCAGCAGAAGAAGAUGACCCCGCCGAGCAAUAUGACACCUAGUUCUCUUAGGAGUCUUACUGGAAGCCGUUGA